CAGCCUGUCCUUCAUGCCACCAUGGACCUGGACAAACCGUCCAUGUGGGGCUCCCUCAAGCAGCGUACCCGGCCAUUGCUCAUCACCCUGGCCAAGAGGAAGAGCCGGAAGGGACCUAACCAGACCCCGGGCAUCGGGCCUCACCAUCGCCUGGACCGUCGCCUCAGCCUGUCUGUGCCCGACUUGCUGGACAGUCAGGGUCUGGGCCCCCCAGGACCCUACUCGGGGCCUCAGUCGGCCUCCACAUCGGUGCUUAGCAGCCUAUCCACUUCAGGCGUUGCACCCCCUCGCUCCCUGCAACAGUCCCAGGAAGAGCUGGGCUGGGACUCGGAGAUGGGAGGUGGCCCCCAGGCCGGGGACACUGACUCGGAAGAUACUGGGGUUUUACUCACCAAGGAUGCUAGUGACACCAGUCCUGGGUUCUCUAAUGUGACCCAGCUGGGCCCCUCAGGGGAUGAAGGCCCAGAGGAAGACGAGAAGCUCUGUGGAAGCAGCGACCCGCAGAUCCCUGGGACACCCCAUCAUGUAGAAGAACAAACAAUGCCGGGGCAGGCGGGCGACUCUGUGGGCAGCCUCCCGGGCCCCUUCGCCUACCUGCUGACUGUCCACCUGAAGGAAGGUCGCAAUCUGGUCAUUCGGGAUCGCUGUGGCACAAGUGAUCCCUAUGUGAAAUUUAAGCUGAACGGAAAGACCUUAUAUAAAAGCAAAGUCAUUUAUAAAAACUUGAACCCCGUGUGGGACGAAAUUGUGGUGCUACCCAUUCAAAACCUGGCCCAGAAGCUACGAGUGAAGGUAUACGACCGAGAUCUGACCACGUCGGAUUUCAUGGGCUCAGCUUUUGUCACACUCAGUGAACUUGAACUGAACAGAACGACUGAACAUAUUUUAAAAUUGGAAGAUCCCAACAGUUUGGAAGAGGACAUGGGAGUGAUUGUCUUAAAUCUGAACCUGAUAAUAAAGCAGGGAAAUUUCAGAAGACAUCAUUGGUCCAACCGGAAGAGAUUAAGUGCCAGCAAGUCUUCUCUGAUCCGAAACCUGCGGCGACUCUCCGACUCCUUGAGAAAGAACCAGCUCUGGAAUGGAAUAAUCAGUAUUACCUUGCUGGAAGGAAUGAACGUCUCGGGGGGAAACAUGGCUGAGAUGUUUGUCCAGUUUAAACUUGGGGAUCAAAGGUACCGGAGUAAGACACUGGUUAAGAGUGCAAACCCGCAGUGGCAGGAACAGUUUGACUUUCACUACUUCUCUGACAGGAUGGGUAUCCUGGAUAUUGAGGUGUGGUCAAAGGACGGCAAAAAACAUGAGGAACUCCUGGGCACGUGUAAAGUCGACAUCUCAGCACUCCCAGUCAAACAGGAGAACUUCAUGGAGCUGCCAUUGGGCCGAUGUCCAGGGGCACUGCGGCUCCUCGUGACCCUCACGCCCACCAUGGGGGUCUCCAUCUCUGACCUCUGCGUGUGCCCCUUUGCAGAUGCCAGUGAGAGAAAGCAGAUCGCCCAGCGCUAUUGCUUACAGAAUUCCUUGAAAGACAUGAAGGAUGUUGGCAUGUUACAAGUGAAGGUAUUAAAGGCGGCAGAUCUCUUAGCAGCAGACUUCUCAGGGAAGAGUGACCCCUUUUGCUUGCUGGAGUUGGGCAACGACCGGCUGCAGACACACACCGUGUACAAAAACCUCAACCCUGAGUGGAACAAAGUUUUUACAUUUCCCAUUAAAGAUAUCCAUGACAUCUUAGAGGUGACAGUGUUUGAUGAAGAUGGAGACAAGCCCCCUGAUUUUCUCGGGAAAGUGGCCAUCCCCUUGCUAUCGAUAAGAGAUGGACAACAAAACUGUUAUGCGUUGAAAAACAAAGAUUUAGAGCAUGCUUUUAAAGGAGUCAUUUACUUGGAGAUGGACCUCAUAUAUAAUCCGGUCAAAGCGAGUAUUAGAACCUUCACCCCCAGAGAAAAGCGCUUCAUGGAGGACAGCCGGAAGCUGUCCAAAAAGAUCUUAUCCCGAGAUGUGGACCGUGUGAAGAGAAUUACCAUUGCCAUAUGGAACACAGUCCAGUUUCUUCAGAGCUGCUUCUUGUGGGAAUCUACGCUAAGGAGCUCUGUAGCAUUUGUGGUGUUUCUAGUCACGGUCUGGAACUUUGAGGUCUACAUGAUCCCGUUGGCUUUGCUGCUCCUCUUUGCCUACAAUUUCAUCACACCCUCCAAAGGGAAGGUUGGAGGUGCCCAUGACAGCCAGGAGAAUACGGAUGUGGAUGAGGAAGAUGAGGAGGAGGACAAGGAAUCUGAGAAGAAAGGGAUCAUUGAGAGAAUCUAUAUGGUGCAGGAUAUUGUCUCGACUGUACAGAACAUCCUGGAGGAAGUGGCUUCUGUUGGAGAAAGAAUUAAAAACACCUUCAACUGGUCCGUCCCCUUCCUCUCCUUCCUGGCCUGUCUCCUUCUGGCCGUGGCCACCAUCACACUGUAUUUUAUUCCACUCCGCUACAUCAUUUUAAUCUGGGGCAUAAAUAAAUUUACCAAGAAGCUUCGAAACCCCUAUGCCAUUGACAAUAAUGAACUGCUGGAUUUCCUCUCCCGGGUCCCAUCUGAUGUUCAGAAGGUGCAGUACUCGGAACUGAAGGCCUUCGGGGGCCACAGUCCCCUUCGGAAGAAGCGAAGUGCCCUCUAGGAUGUGCCCCGACUCACCUGGCAUCCCAGCUGCUCCUCAUCCUCUAUUAUGUAUAUCGGGUUGAUAGGACCAAGUCCUGAUCUGCAGCAUCACAGCAAUUCAUGCUCUGUGAUGCCCUGCGUGUGUUUUGCAUCUCAUCUUU